GCGCUAACCAUGGAUCGCUGGCAACAAAGAAGUGGAAAACGUGACGUUAUUGAACAUACCUCCACAUCACUUCCCCCUGCCACGAAAGUCAGUCUGGAGCUAAGUGUAAACAGCAACAGCCAAAGAAGUUGGAAAUACACAGACAGCGCUGGAGUGACCCCAAGACAGAGACGUCGAAAUGGACACCAAAGUUGAGGAUCCGUUUGCUGCCGAGGCUGCAUUGGAGCCCCCAGCGGUACAGAGCAUCGUGGGGAGACUGUGGAUGGUGAAAGGCAUGUCGGGGACCAUGGCGAAGGAGUGGUUUGACCGGCGCCGGAAGUCCAUUCGUCCCUGGGCCACGUUUGUGGACCAACGCAAGUUCUCCAAGCCGCGCAACUUCGGGGAGGUCUGCCAGCGUGUCGUCCGCAAUCUGGACACCUACCACAGCAACUACACCUUCAUUUUCCUGGGACUAAUACUCUACUGCAUUAUCAGCUCGCCCAUGCUGUUGAUCGCCUUGGCCGUGUUUGCUGGAGCAUACUACAUCAUCCACCUCAAGUCUCUGGAGAAUAAGCUUGUUGUGUUUGGGCGGGAGCUAACGCAGGGCCACCAGUUGGGAUUGGCUGGUGGGGUCUCCUUCCCUGUGUUCUGGUUGGCUGGAGCUGGUGCCGCUGUCUUCUGGGUUCUGGGUGCCACGCUGGCUGUAAUUGGCUCCCAUGCUGCUUUCCGUGAGCUGGAGUCAUCAGACAUGGAGGACCUCUUGAUGGAACCGGUCUAGAGUCGUGACCUUUAUUCUGACCUUUCAGCUUCUCAUGCCUCCUAUUUAUCCAGAAUGCACCUCUUCUCAAGCCUCCUAUUUACCCAGAAUUCACUUCUUCUCAAGCCUCCUAUUUACCCAGAAUGCAUUGAAAGGUCAAAUCUCCUCUUUACCUAGAAUGCACCCCUUCUUGAACCUCAUAUUUACCCAGAAUACACUGUGUUUGCCUACUCUAUGGUAACACAAGAUAUGGACCAUUCCACAUGUGGACAUACAGACUAACCAGCUGCUCAUGUGACCAUACUAACAUGUACACACACACCCCGCUCCUGUGCUAGUUGAUUAGACUAUAACAUGAGCAGAUAUGGCUCUGGAGUGCUCCAUACUAACAUACACACACACACACACAGUCCACUUUAUAGCACAGCUGUCAUAGCACAGCUAGUGUUUACGGUAUACUCUAUACUUGUAGAUGUAUGUAUGUGUAGAAUGAGACAGCACAGCUAGUAUGUAUGAUGAUAGAUGCAUGGCAUCUAGUUUUCGCUGCUUGUCCUGAAUGGACCGCAAGCGGCCCUGAUGUGGCCCUGAUGCGGCCCUGAUGCCAGUCGAAGAGGACAGCGGUAUUACAUCAGUGCAAGUGUUUUUGUUGUGAUGUGAAAGUUGUGCCUAAACUUGUUAAGCGAUUGAUCAUAAUGAAGUUACUUAAAAAAGGUCAAAUGCUUUGCAUUAUGUACAAAACUAAACCAAUGUGUACACACAUGUUUAUAUCGGUGGCUCACUACUCAUGUCUACUCAAUGAUCGAUAGAGCUGAUUGUGUGCUGAUAGAUUCGCUUAAUAAGUAGAUGGAUCGGUAGAGUUAGUUGAGCUCCUUUAAGAUUAGCAUAGUUUAGCAUAGAUUAGCUGACUCUAGCUUGGUGUAUGGUAGUCUUGGCCUUUGCCACUGGCCAUUAAAUCUUCUCUUUCGGUGCACAUGUUUACCUCUGUGACUCUGAAAUGCUUUGCUCCUUAUUUUGUACAAUAAACAAAUGGGACGUGCAAUAAAUCUACAUGCCUGUUACAAAA